AGAGGCAAAAUGGCGUCGCGGUCUGCUGGAUUGAGACAGAAAAUACUUCCAAUACUCGCCAAUUUUUCACUUUGAGUAGAUAAUAUUGCAUUGUCAAGGAAGUACGUGUACGUACACUCCCCAUCAUGGCAUCUGUACAUAUCACUGAUUUUGGCAGCACAGCUGUCAACCCUCAACCGAUUCCUGUGGAAGAAGAUACGGAGUUCUUAUUGGAAGACUACCUCUCAUCGGCAAAAAUGAAAGAAAUGACGGGUGUCGAUGAUCUCGAUGAUGUCAAAUUUCUGGAGAUGAGGGUCGAUACCACGGAAACAAGUCUGGGGAAUUUUGGAACCAUGGUGCCCAACCUGAAGUACCUGAAACUCAGUAACAGCAUCAUUGCUACAGUGCGGGAUUUGGGCACCUCAUUAGAAAACUUACACGUCCUAUGGAUGCCUCGGUGUUCAUUGUGUGACCUAGAUGGAAUAGGCUCCAUGUCAUCCCUUCAGGAGCUGUACCUAGCAUAUAAUGACAUAUCGGAUCUUAGUCCUUGCAGUAUGCUGGAGUGCCUGCAGUUGUUGGAUCUCGAGGGGAACAGCAUUAAUGACAUGUCUCAAGUUGAGUUCCUGAGUUUAUGUCCAAAACUCAACACUCUGACGUUAGAAGGAAACCCAGUGUGUCAAGCGCCCUCUGUUGACUAUGAUAAGGAGAAAGACGGUGACUUUGACUACCGAGCUGCAACAUCCAAGGCCAUUCCCCAACUCAAGAUACUUGAUGAUGAUCCUCUAUCCAUUGUGCCAUCUAGCCUGGGCAGAACCUCAGCAAACAUCAGUAUGGAAUGGCUGCUGGUUAAUGAGGCUAUCAAAGAUCAGGGGUCAAAUGAAAAGCUAGAGGUCGAAGGUGGUCAGUCCUCCAAAGCUAAGGACAAAGAAACAUUGAAGCACAAUGAAGAGAGUAGGCCAGGAACUGCCCGACCAUCCUCUGCUUCAAGACGGAGACCUGGCUCAGCUAGACCAGGAUCAUCUAGUGGUAGACCAGGGAGUAGUCUGGGUACUAGACCUGGUACAGCUUCAGGUAGAAGACCAGGAACAGCACAAGGAGAGAGACCAGAUACAGGAGGUUCAGACAUCCACCCAACGCAGGAAGAUGCCAGUGAUCUGACACAUGGCAGUGGGGGAGUGAUCUGUGGUAACCCAGUCAGAGCGCUCAGGAAUAGGCGCAGAAACAAUAAGGACACAGUAACGGCCUUCCAGGCACCAAGUCUCUUCUCAAUGUUCCAACAUCAACCCGAGCAUUCCUACAUCUUAGAAGAAGAAGAUGACGGGAAAAGUAAAGAAGAUAUCUUUGCAGAGUUGAAGGAAUGGAAGGAACAACACGAAGCAAAAAUACUGGCUCGCAUCAAGGAAUCAGAGCCCCAGAUCUUGAAGAUUCAUCACAGCGAUGACGAUGACGAUAACAUGAAGACUCAUCAAGAUUACUUCUCCAACAACAACGACCUAGGUUAUGACGAAGAUUACGGACUCGAUGCCUCCCCAUCACCUACAUCAGAUUACCCAGAAUCCUUAGCAUCAGGAGGGUUGGAUCGGGAACCCACACCACCUCGCUCUGCAUCUCCAAGAAUCCCGCAAGCGCCGAAGAGAAGAGCAGUCAGACCUAAGACAGCCAAUGAUUUCCGAUCCCGGAGAGUGCGAGCUCGUUCCUUUGAGGAGCACCAAGGCCUAGAUCAACGUCUUCAACACAUGCAUUUAUCCAUGGAUGAUGAGAUGGAUCCUAGUGAUUCAGGACAGACAAGUCCAGCAACGAUGCCUUACUCACCGCCUCCAAUCAUCCCAUUAGAGAAUAGACCACUCUCUGGACCUAUCGUUGGCACCAGAAAAUUCAAGAUUAAUCCAUUACACGCUAUGCCAGAACCAAAGAACAUCGAUCGUCAUCAGCCCAUCAUCCGGUCAUCAAUCAACACUCCUCCUAACUUAGCUCAUCGAUUGUCUCGCUUGGCGCGGCCGUCCACGGCGCGAGCAGCAAUGCAGUUACAGCGCCCUCCUACGUUACCGUCGAGAGAGCCACGAUAUAACUCCUAUGACUUCUCAUGAUCACAGUGAAACAAUAACAAGGUUUGGAUCAAGUAUCGUACUGUUCAAUUGGGUCUGUAUAGUUGUGUGUCAAUUGAAAGUUAAAUACAUCCACAUUGAGGUGAAACGCAUAGGGGCUGCAGGUCACCCUGAGGCACAUGAUCAGAGUCAUUCACUUGACCUUGAUCAUUCACUUGACCUGGGUCAUUCACUCGACCUGGGUCAUAUUCACUUGACCUGGGUCAUUCCAACGUGGGUCUUCACAUAAGCUGGGUUACUCAUGACCUUAAUAAUUCGUCCAUGAUAGAAUUAUUACUAUUUAUAAAGUGCUUUGUCUUGACAGUCAUUUUGGGCGUCAGUUGCUGUUUUAAACGUCAUGUACUGGUUCAGUACUUGUACAAGUUGUAGUCGAUUGUGAAGCUUAAUUUUGUAAUUCAGCUCUCCGUCCAGUUUGCUACCACUCAGUUUACUCAUACAUUCAUUCCAUUCCGUCCAGUUAGCCUUUACUUUGUCAAAUUAUUUUGUACUGUAUACAUUUUUGUACUCAUCUUGCUUUUAUCAUACCUGUAUUCAUGCCUGUUUAUGCAGUGUUGGGUGCCAGCUAAAUGCAUAUUUAGACCUACGCGAUUUUGUCGCAACGACGUUGCCGCAGUGUCAUAGAUGCUCGCGAUUUUUUACAAAUAAUCACUUUUCUGGUGCAGGGUCAAUGUGUAUGCCAUGACUUCGAAUCACGUAAUCACUUCGACUUUAAUCAAACAAAGUGGGAUAGUCGUACGACCUCGCAUAAAUUUAAACACACUUCUUUGUUUGUAUUUAUAAAAAUGUGCGACAUUGUCGCGCAACAGAGUCGCGCGACAGAAUGGCAUAUGUGUACAUUGGCCUUAAUGUUCCGUCCAGACUCGAGAACAGACAGCAACAAAAAUUUCAUUAAUCAAAUUGUUUUUCGAUUACAAAAGAAUUUAUAUGUAAAUAUGUGAAAUUAUUAAGGUAAUAAAACUACUAUUUAUUACUUGUAAACUACAAGGAAUAUUUUCAUUCCUAGAACGCUUUCUAGGAAAGAUGUAUAAAGUUUGGAUAAAAAACUUGUGUGGUGAUUUAAGUGGUAGAAACUAUGCACGUUUCUACUAUCAUGACUAUGCUGUAUUCAUAAGGUACAGAACGGCACAAACAAUGAAGUAGAGAAUACUUGUUAUUAUUAUUAAUCUUUCUGGUAAUGAAACCAAGGAUUCCUCAAAAGCGCCCUAGGCACUGUAGCUCGCAAGCCUGAAG